AUGGAUUUGUUACCAGAACUAGCUGCCAGGGCAGUUUUCAUGGAACUGAAAAAUGAGUUGGACAUCAUCUGCAUGGCGCUCACUUGUAAACGAUGGAAUAGCACUUUGAACAACAUACCCAACUUCACAUGGACCAAAGGUCGAUGUUCAUGUCCUUGGAGCACAUCCACUUCCUCAUCAACAUCAUCGACCAACACCAUCGCGACAACUACGACCACAGCAACUACAACACCAGCUGGACAAGGACGUGUAUAUUGUGCACGACUUGAUCUUGUACCAUCAAUCGACCCUGCCACGACCAGACUGCUACUGGACAUCAAGAUACCGACACCAUCUGGAUCACUACCUGCGUCACUAACAGACUUGAUGAUGGGCUUUUGCUUCAACUUUGAACUGAGCCCAGGCUUCCUUCCUCCAACUCUAAUCACUUUGAUCUUUGGUAACAACUUUAAUCGAGUUAUCAACGCUGAUGUGCUCCCGCCAUCACUUCAAUUCCUCUCAUUUGGAUAUCGAUACAAUCAACAACUUCAACGCGAUGCCCUGCCCAACUCACUACGCACACUGACCUUUGGAAACAACUAUUGUCGCGACAUACCCCUUGGAGCACUGCCGUACAGACUUGAAACAUUGACAUUUGGACACUCGUACGACAACAUCAUCGCGCCCUUGGUGCUCCCCGAGACACUACACACACUCAACUUUGGUUACAUGUUCAAUCAAGAGUUGAUUCGCGACUCACUACCUCUAUCACUCAAGACGUUGGUGUUUGGGGAUUGCUUUGAUCAGAUGAUCAUGCCAGGAUGUCUGCCAUUGGCACUCACAUCACUCACAUUUGGAUCGUACUUCAAUCGGAGUCUUCUGCCAGGUGUGAUCGAUCAAUCAAGUACGCUGGAAACACUCACCUUUGGAUACUGCUUUGAUCGUCCAUUGCUCAACUUGCCAUCAUCAAUCACAAGUCUCACUCUAGGCUUUGCCUUUGAUCAACAACAUAGAUCUGUCAAAUUGCCUGCUGGUCUAAAGACAUUGUCGGUGGACAGCAUCAGUCAAUUAACAUACUUGGGACCCACCCAAUACCUUGACACUGCCAAAGUACGUGCACUACCAACAUCACUAUCAUCUUCAAAGUAUCGCUGGCUGUUACAAUCAAUCAAGGUCAAGACAUUGAUACUCAAGUGUCACGAGGGUCUGGCCGAAUCGAUAAAGUACGUCAAGAAGGUGGCCGAUCUAUUGCCUCUGGUCGAAACAUAUCAACAAGUUGUACAAUAUCCACCAUCAAGUCCAGCUCUAAUACAUGCAGAAUAUCGUAGAUUAGACAACAAUAAUGGUUUAUAUAUAUUUCGACCUGGUGGCAACAUAAUCAUUGACAUUGAUACACUUCCCAAUCAAGAUCGACUACUAUUCAUACAUCAUCCACAACAACAACAAGGUUGUCAACGAAACAUAACACAAUCAAUCAAACGAUUAAUCAAUAAACUAGUGCCAUCAUCGUCAGGUGGGUCC